UCUGCUGUGACCUUCCUGCCAAUGUGCAGAGCGAGAGAAGGACCCAGUAGGCGUCCCUGGCAGCUGGAUCCUAUACAGUAGGGGAGGCAGCCAGCCUGCAGGGGCUUCUGCCUGACAGGUGCUGGGACCUCGCCUUUCCACCAGCCUCCCAUGGUCUCCGCUGUCACUCCUCAAAGUGCAUGAGGUCUGGUGCUUCCCGGAGAGCAGCUGAGCGUGUGCAUUAAACCCUGAGGAACGGGAACCAUGUCAGGCUCCUACGAUGAGUCUGCGGCGGCUGCAGAGGAAAUAACCGACAGCUUCUGGGAGGUGGGGAACUACAAACGGACGGUGAAACGGAUCGACGACGGGCACCGGCUCUGCAAUGACCUGAUGAACUGCGUCCACGAGCGGGCCAAGAUCGAGAAGGCCUAUGCCCAGCAGCUGACCGACUGGUCCAAGAGGUGGAGGCAGCUGAUCGAGAAAGGCCCGCAGUAUGGCAGCUUGGAGAAGGCGUGGGGAGCCAUGAUGACAGAGGCAGACAAGGUGAGCGAGUUGCAUCAGGAUGUGAAGAACAGCCUGCUGAAUGAGGACUUUGAGAAGGUGAAGAACUGGCAGAAGGACGCCUACCACAAGCAGAUCAUGGGAGGCUUCAAGGAGGCCAAGGAGGCAGACGACGGCUUCCGGAAAGCGCAGAAACCCUGGGCCAAGAAAAUGAAGGAGGUGGAGACGGCCAAGAAAGCAUAUCACCUGGCGUGCAAAGAGGAGAAGCUGGCAAUGACCCGGGAAGCCAACAGCAAGGCAGAGCAGUCCAUCACUGCAGACCAGCAGAAGAAGCUCCAGGACAAGGUGGAAAAGUGCAAGCAAGAUGUGCAAAAGACCCAAGAGAAGUACGAGAAGGUGCUGGAGGAGCUGAACAAGUGCACCCCGCAGUACAUGGAGAGCAUGGAGCAGGUGUUCGAGCAGUGCCAGCAGUUCGAGGAGAAGAGGCUCAUCUUCCUGAAGGAGGUGCUGUUGGACAUCAAGCGGCACCUGAACCUGGCUGAGAGUAGCAGCUACACCAAUGUCUAUCGCGAGCUGGAGCAAACCAUCCGUGUGGCGGACGCGCAGGAGGACCUCAGGUGGUUCCGCAGCACCAGCGGCCCGGGAAUGCCUAUGAACUGGCCCCAGUUUGAGGAGUGGAACCCGGACCUCACACACACGAUAACGAGGCGAGAGAAGAUUAAGAAGAACGAAGGGGUGACCCUGACCAAUGCCACUACCCCGGGCGAGUCAGCAGCAGUGGCCGGAGACCGCGGCAGCGUGAGCAGCUACGACCGCAGCCAGCCCUACACCACUGAGUGGUCGGACGAUGAGGGUGGCAACUCCUUCAGUGCCAGCGAGGCCAACGGCGGCGCCAACCCCUUUGAGGAGGAGCCGGCGGGGAAGGGAAUGCGCGUGCGGGCUCUGUAUGACUACGAUGGGCAGGAGCAGGAUGAGCUGAGUUUCAAAGCAGGCGAUGAAUUAACCAAAUUAGGUGAAGAAGAUGAACAAGGAUGGUGCAAAGGGCGUCUAGACAAUGGGCAACUCGGCCUUUACCCAGCCAACUAUGUGGAGUCUAUCUAACCUCGUGGUGUUCUCGUCAUUGCCGUCAGAAAAUAAACAAACCCUCCGUCGUCUUCAUUUCUCUACACCAGCCAACCAGCCAUCUUGCUGUCUGGUCACUCACGCUGCACCAUUAGAGAUUCAAACAUAUUUUCCAACCAAGCUUUUAUUUUUUUAAGAGCCGUCUCAGAAGAGUAUUUUGCAUACUGGCUUUUCUUCCUCUUCUUCUUCUAAGAUAAUGUGAAGUGAAAGGUCGACGUUGUCUGUCAUUUUUUUUUUUCAAAGCAAAAAGCCAAUACCUCAAGAUUUUAAAGCCCAACCAAUGAGGGCAUUUCCAGGGCUUCUGAUUGGUUGGUUUUUAAGGUUAUUGUAAUCAUAAGCCCACCUUCCCAUUGGCUGGAACUGUUCCGAAACACACAGCAUGUCAACUGCUGGGACCGGUCAAAUUUGCCCUAUUUGAACAUAACCAAAUUAAAAUGGGAGGAAAUGGAAUUUAUCCCCUUUUAUUUAUGUAUAGAUUUUUAUACUCACCCUCCCUAAUCAUUGUCUUUCCAGUUUCUCCAUCUUUGCAGGAGGGUGGGGGGGGGGAAAUCUCCCUACCUAUCCGUGCCCUCUCCCAUUCAUCUCAAACCACAUCCAUGCACCAUACAUCUCCCAUCCAGCUGAACACACCGAGUCUUCAAGUUGGGCAAGGAUUAGGGCUCAUUGAUGUCUUGCAAGCAGGAUUGAUUUCCUGUAAAUUAAAGGAAGAUUCCUCAUCCCAGUGAAAGCUUUGGGGACCUUCCCUUUUUAGAGUAUGGUCUUCCCCUCUUCCUCCUCUAAUCAGACAUCACCAUGGUGUGGUCGCUGGUAUCAUAUUGUCAUCCUGGACUCAGCAAAGGCUUCCUUCCAAUGCUCUUCAGUGACAUUUCAUCACUUCCUCAGUCCAGCUUCCUAGCAAGGCUGUACAAGUUCUCCAGUCCGAGACAGGAAUGCCUCUGGCAGCACCUGGGCACACUGGAGCAAAGGCACCUGUGGACCCUGAACCACAAUGUGGACUCCUGCUCCCUUUUCAGGGGAUGCUUGGUACACCGCUGUGGUGUGGAGAGCAGUGUAGGCCUGUGAAAGCUAAUGGAGGCCUGCACUCUGGGAGGGAGCGAACUGGGCCUUGAAAUGCAUCACCUCUUGUUUGGAGAUUUGCAAUGCUACUUCACCACUGUUGGAAACCUCUUUGUAACAGUGACAGGUGCUGGGGUGAUUCAGGGUGCCAGGCUGGGAUGAAUCUUAGGCCUGGAUCAAGACCUCCUUCCUGGGAAAGGAAUCUCACCAGGGACCAUCAGAGGGACUAUUUUUCUGCCACUGAACUAAGGUGGGACCAGACUUCACUGUCCCGUUCUUUGCACUGGAAUGUGGUGGAGAUUUAUGUUGAUUCCAACCGGAUGUGGAUGGGUCCAGGAUAUUCCCUUUACACGUGCAGGCUUUCUCCCCCAGCCACCUGAUGGAGGAGGCAGGGGGCAUGGAGAGGAGUCGCCUGGCAUUCUGACUGGGUGCGUAGCAUGGGAGAUGCUUCAGGCCACCACCCUGCCUAGGACGCAUGUGGAAGAGUCACAGGUGAGAAGCAGUUAGUAAAUGAAGCCUGCACUUCAGACAGGAGAGGGUCCCUCCUUUAGGUUAGGCUAAGGAACAACUCAUCUGCAUAGCUUUGUGCACCUGGUGUGGGCUCUGGACACAGCUUCCAAGAGGAGAGAACAUGGGACUGGAUUGGUGUGUAUGGAAUGGAUUCCGAGCCUGGAUCCCAACCGGUGUAAGAGUGGGGAUAGGUGCUGAUGCUGCAACACAGAGGAAAGACAGCUAUAAAGCAAGCUGCUGUGUCCCUUCCCCAAUGAGAAUGGGUGUCCUCCAGCCCCAUUCAUGGCCCCAAGUCCUGUCAUGAGCUCCCUGGAGGGACUGUGAAUAGGAUUCCCCAGCAGCUGCUCUGCACCUUCCUCAUGAAAGGCAUUUUCACCACAUAGGCCCUGCUGAUCACACAUGACCUGUCCCCUGACUUCCAAGCCAAGCCUGCACUUCUGCUUGCCAGCAGUAUAGCUGUGGGUGCUCCAUUGUAGCCAGCAACCAAUUCACCCCUGUGCAACUCCAUUGACCUCAGUGAGCUUAAGCGGGGGUGGAUUGGACCCUGAGACUUUCCUAAGCCAUGAUAAUACCAGAGGGGCGUUCUGCAUCAGCUGGAAAUGUGGCAGAACCAGGCCCUCGGCCCCGAGAGAAGGAAGUAAAGCAUGUGGGGCCCAAUUCCAAUCUCAGUUUCACUGGUGUAAAUCUGGAGUAACUCUGCCCAAGUACCAGAGGUUUUACUCUGGAUUUAGAUCAGCAUCAGACCUAAAGGCAGUGGUGUGGGAACCAAAGAGUAAAUGCCAAAUGGAAGAGAACGUCAAAGCAAAAUCUGUCUGGCCUGAUACACCAGGGUCUCCUCGCGGAGAAUAAAAGAGGAUGGGGAUUGGUGUUUACUCUGAUCCAUGGAGGAAAGGGGCCAUUACAUCGCUUGCCAAGCCCAGCCUUUCUAGCGCUAAUCAUGCCUGGGGAAUGCCUGUGGCUUCUCCCAUCAGUGGCAGGUGGAAAGUCCCCACGAGGGCACAAAGGUGGCAUCCCAGGGCUAUAAAAAAAACAAUCCUUUUGUCAAACGCUACAUGGAGCUGCAGCAUCUCAGCCUUUUAACCCCCUACAAGCCAGGAUAGCAAAGUGAGGACUGUGGGAGAAAGGGACACUUGCUUUUACUUCUGCUUCAGUCAGGUAGGGGAUGUGAAUACUGGCUGGCAUCCCAUGGCAAAUAGAACCUCUGUUAGAACGUCUUCCUUGGAAGGUUUUGCCAGAGACAAGCAGGCAGGAGCUGUUCAAAGGGUCAAGCGUCCCCUGGAAAACAGGGAUGGCUGUUCCCCUGUGGUUUUAGCCUGAAGACUGAGAUAACGCCAACAACCCGUUGCCCGUGGGAGAGGUCACCAGAAGACUAAACCACCACACAGCUACUUAUGUUGUCAUCACUCUCUGUUGCACUAGAGACACGCCUGAGCCCAUAACCCUACGUCCAAACAAUGCAGGUCUGAGUUCCAUCUGUAUUUGUUAUUUCAUAGCCCUGGGAUGCUUUGUAAGUGGGGCCUACCAGCAAGCCCAUGCGGGAAGGAGCAGUGAGAGGGUGUUGCUCAGUAGGUUCACAACAUAACCCAACCCAAAACCUUCCCAGGAGAGAAGCUGGCAAAAGCAAACCUAGUUAUCCAAGCUGUUUCCUCCUACUGGCAGUGAAGUUGGGUCACUUGUCAUCCAACCACAUUUCCUUUCCUAAUCUCUGGGUGAGCCUCAGGCUGGUUCCAUCGAUGCUGAAUGCAAAGACGAGCCAUUCAGGAGAUUCCUAGCCAGAAUUUAGCAAGACAUCAUCUCCCCGGCCUCCCCCCUAUUCAGGACAAAAAGAUAUUGACUGGUAGAGAUACAUAUGACAACUCCCAUGGGGCAGGUCUUGAGAAGCCUCUUCCUGCCCUGAGUGUAAGUGAAUGGGGCUAAAUACUCCAUUGCCCCUGCGCAGCAAGAGCAGCCCUUCAUGAGUCACAGCUGAGUCAUGGCUCACCCUGCCCGCCCCUUUUCCAGCAGGCUCCGCCUCCUCUCAGCAUCUGGCUACCAUGCUCCUUAAGCAGCCUCCACCGGGGCAGCUUGUGUCUUGGAGGUGCAGAAAAACAACAAAGAACAUUUAUAUAGCGGAUUCAAAUUUCAUAUGGCCCACGGGUGCAUAUGGGUAACAGGUUAUCUGCCAUUCCUUGAGCAGUUCAGGAGAAAAGGUCCCCCUGAUUUUUCCACAGGAAGCCACAGAUGAUUGCUUAUUUAUCCCCCAUCAUCUUCAAAUUCAUCAGCUGCCUCCCCUCCACCUCCUCCUCCUCCUCAGUCUGUUUAGUUCAUGAAUUAUUGACUCCAGCGACCAAGUGUUCUUCCCGCCCGAAUAAAUGUGCUGCAUCCUGGAUAACAUAGACAAGACCUCUCCAACCUUCAGCUCUAUUUCUUCCAUUAGUUAACAACAACAACAACAAGUCAAGGAAAUGCUGUUGUCUCAGCACUGCACCUGUUUUUUGUACAUUGAUUGUGUAAUUUAAAAAAGAUCUAUCUAUCUACAUAUAUAUAUAUAUAGUGAUUGUAUUACUGUGGAUAUGACAAAAACAACAAAAAGAGUAACUGAGCUAUGUAAUUGUUAUAUGGAUUUUAACCCUCCUUUGAGUCUUGUGCUCGAAUAUCACCUGGUGUAGAUGUAACUGUCACCUUUACCAGAUGAGCAUUACUUUGGGGUUUGGUUUGUAGCAGGCAAUGGGUAUAGGGAGUAAGAGCAGGGAUAUUUCUCAAGUGCCAGUGUGGCGGGGUUGGGGGGGGCACUUCCUGCACAGGAAGUAUGAUGCCUCCCACCUCCACCCAUUGCACGCUGAAUUAUCGCUGCGCCUGAACCAGGUGUAAAAGGACCUGUUGUGUUCAUCCAGAGAAGCUCGAGAACCCGGGGGCCUGGUUUUCAGAAGCCUUGGGUGCUUGCAGACUUCAUCAUCUAGAGUUGGGGAGGUUCAGUCCCUCUGACCACCAGGACUUGAGUGUUCUGAAAACACGUCCCUCCAAGAUGCUGAGAAGCUGAGCCUGUUGCAGGAGCAGGCCAGAGCUGGGGUGGGAAACAGGUGGAAAAGGCCCUUUGCAGCAAAGACCAGCUCUCUUAUCACUCCUCAUAGGAGAUGAGCCAGGACCUCUGCCAUGAAGCCUUUGUUGAUGGGGAGGAGGGAUUGGCUCAAAUCCCUGAUGCUGCCAUGAGGGCUUUGCUUCCAAGUCAGAUCCAAAGCCAGAUCGGGGGGAGUGGUCUAAAGUUUUGCUGUCAGGAUGAAGCCAAGAUCCUUGCAAGAUUUUGAGUCUCCCCAGAUCAAGUUGGGGGUGCGUGUUUGCCUCCCACUUAGCCUGUGGUCGUGCAGCACUGGAUUUUAGCAUUGUCCAACCUAAAGCCCAAGCCUAGUUCCAAUUCAGCUCCAAGCCUGAAAGGACGAGGGAAACCCAAUCCUCAUAACCACCCCCUUGGCCCAUCUCGCUUCCUGAUGUUUGGUUCCAGGAACGUUUGGCAGACGCUUUUCCACGCUGCAGCUCCAGGUCAGAGGAGCUUUGAGUUUGGAAUGGCAGGAGAGGGACACUUAGGCUUUAUUUUGUUUUUGCCAAGCUCAGAACAGCAAUAAUGAAGUGACUGCAGGGCCUUGAUCCAGCUGGGACAGAAGAAAUAGCCCUUACGUCAAGUGGGUGAAAGUUUUCACUGUGGGUAAAGUGAUGGGAGUUGGCCAUGUCCUGCAUGGAAGGCACUGAAACUUCCGCUCUGCUUUAGGGCAAUGGGGAUGGGAAACAUGGAACUGAGUGGACGGUGCACAGGGGAAAUCUUUUAUGUUGCUCCAGUGAAGUCAGCAGAGCCACGUCCAUGAGGAAUUUGGCCCAUUCUCUUUAGAAAAAGACGCGUGACCUGUCUCCCAAGCCGGCCAGCACAGCCAGCAAUAACCAGAGGCGGACACUUCUUCUCUCAGUAAAGGUCCUUUGCAGGAGACUUUCCCCUGAUGCCAAGACUCCCUAAGGAGCAAGCAAGGCCCAAACCAAAUGCUAGGGUGAAUCACAACAUAAGAGCGCAGUCCUGGGAGGUCCUGAGCUCUCUGAAUUCAGACCAGGCUCAGACGGGGUUUGGAGGCUCCUCUGCGGGAGUGGUCCCUACAUUAUCCAAUAGCUUCCUGGAGUGGGUUGUAACCCAAUAGGACUGAGCUGAGACACUUUUAGGACAGGCUCUCAGGCACAGUUUAAGAAUAUUUAAUCCGCCACAUGGAGCAGGUCCUCUGCUUCCUCCCCUUGACUGCUCCACUGAAUGUGUUAGCUCCUAAAUCCAUUGAACUCGCCGUUGGUCACCCUAUCCAUCACUGAGGCUCAGAAAGAGUUUCGUAGUGGGCGAGCAAACAGCUCCCAGGAGAAUAAUUCUGUAUUUAGAUGGAGGGUCAUGGGACAGGCAGAGCACGAAGGGCCAAGCCUUUACCCUGGCAAAAGAAUGUCGCAAGCACUCCACCCUCCCCCUUUCCCCAAAGGACCCAACCGCGCCGGAAAAUAGCGGGGUUAAGAGAAGGCAAAUCUGACCUAUGAGGCUUUAAAAUGGGAGGCUGCCCGUUUAUGGCCUGGGGGGAACUUCAAGGGCUCAAAUAGAAGGGAACAGAGUUUCCAGUGGUUGAGGUAAUGCCAUUAACUGUCUGUCUAGCUCUAUACUCAUCUCUCGAGGGAGAGGACAGAAAUGGGGGCAUGGCCGUUGCUUAACAUUUCCCAUUAGAGCCCUGGAGGCUUGGGGGGCAAUCUUGAGGCUGUAAUUAACAGUGUUACUGCGAGCAAAGCUACACUAGGAGAAGGAGCGUGUGUAUCUGGCACGCAAGGCUGCCUCUUCUUCUAUAAAGGGAAAAAAAUAGGUAAUACUUAAAAAAUACAGUAAUAAAGAAAAAGGAUUAUUUUAUUCAU